ACUUCGGAUUGGGCUCAGCAGGAUGAGGAAGAAGGUGGAGAUGCGAGCGCAUCGGUCGACCGAAGGAGGCGAUUUCCCAUAGCCACCGGAAGAAGCAAAGCUCUUCGUCGGAAACUUGGCUUACAACUUGAAAUCGCCGAGGAUCGAAUUGAUACUGCCGUCGCAGAAGAAGUUAUGGAAGCCGGUUGCAUCACUGCUGAUCAGAUUAACGGUCUCGUGUGUCUCUGGUACGACUUGCAAGGACGGAACAAAUUGCGAAAGGCACGACCAUCCCUCCAAGCAUAAAACGUCUACAAGUCUGUGUGUAUAGGAUGGAAAUCGUUUACGGAAUCAGCACUCUUCCGAGAUCUCCACCAUAGCGACAAUGCGAGGUGGCACAUUAUCAUUAUCAUUAGUUGUUUAAAUUUUUGUUAUUUUUUU